AUGAAACUUAUAUUAUUGUUCUUUUUGUUUUAUUGUAUUUUUAAAAAUACUGUUCUGCUUCAGAAAACAAAUGAUGUACCUCUAAUUAAUUAUGAGAUGAUACCAUUAAGAAGAUGGCAGGUGUCUAAUAGGGAAUUCACGAAAUUAAAAGAAAAGUUAAAGAUAUUUAUAGCAUCAGAAAUUCAAAAGAAUAAAUCAAUAUUGCUUCGAAAAUAUUAUAAGGAAUUCUACAUUAUAGAAGAUAAUAAUAAUGAUAUAGUACCUGCUGAAAAUUUAAAUGAAGAAAAAAUUAACAACGUUUUAAGCGAAAAAUUGUCAGAUGUUAAUGAAUUGAAAAAUGAUAAGACAAUUGAUGUGAAUGGUCCAAUAUUAUUAAUAUGA